GGAAAGAGAUACUUCAUUCUCAUUUGUAUAUAGAUUAGCCAGGGCUUUAUAAACGAGAAACUCUGUUGACAACGAAGAAGACGAAGUACACGUAGAGGUAGAAGAAGACUAUCUGGGUUUAGGAUUUUGGAUUGAUUCGACUUGGGCUGCUAUGGCUUCAGUGAUGCUACUGUUUGUAGUGUUCGUGUUUGAUCUCAUAGCUUUUGGUCUUGCCGUUGCUGCAGAACAGCGAAGAACCACCUGGCAAAUUGUUAAUGAAUCAAGAGAUUCAAGCUACUGUGUGUAUGAGAAAGAUAUCGCAACGGGUCUCGGAAUAGGUUCUUUCUUAAUCUUACUAGCGAGUCAGCUCUUCCUGAUGGUGGCGAGCCGAUGCUUAUGCUGUGGAAGAGCCUUGACACCAAGUGGGUCUAGAUCCUGUGCUAUUCUUCUCUUUAUAACCACCUGGGUCUUCUUCUUCAUAGCAGAAGUGUGUUUACUUGCGGGAUCUGUGCAAAACGCUUACCAUACAAAGUACCGUGUCUACCUUGGGAACACUGCUCCUUCUUGUCGAUCAUUAAGGAAAGGCGUGUUUGGGGCUGGAGCUGCGUUCAUUGUGCUCACAGGGAUUGUCUCCGAGCUUUACUACGUGUGCUUGGCAAGGGCCAAAGACUUUGAGGCUCCUAGAGAUCCGGGUAUUCGAAUGAGUAGCUUGUAGAACUUACAUAUCCCCUCGUAGCCGAUGUAGAAUUAAGAAAACUGUUAGACCUUUGUUGUCUCAUUGUAUUGAUUUAGAUGUGUUCUUACUUGUAUAUGAGAAAUUGAUUCAAGUAUUAAGCUGCUGUGGUUUGUUUCUCGUUAUUACCUGUUCUUGUAGAUUUUGUUUAUGUACACAGAACCAGACUUUUGAUGUACACAA